AUGGUCAGUCUGGUUCACCGCUACUUACCUAAUAACAAACAAACCGGUCUUACCGCACAUGAAGCGGCCCGUAUCAAAUUCUGGAAUGUGCAGGCCGGCUUAAUGCGUGGUGCGCGCCGGGGUCGGAUAUUAAAUGCUCAUUUUACCAGGAACAAGAAAAACGUGGGGAAAGAGGCUCUGGAUGUGCGCCUAUACAGCCGCCAGGGCCCCGAGAGCACCAUGUAUCGUGUGCAGCCGUCUUUCGAUGUCACUGUUCUGUGGUUCGAAACAUUUGAAACGGCGAGCUGUUGCCACCAAAACGAAGACACGGAAGAUGAAAUACCAAAGGAUGAUACUAGAUAUUCCAAGUCCGAUGACCCGAACCCGAACCACAUCAUCGCAUGA